CGAAGUAUCUACAAGAAGUCGCAAGAAGUGGAUAAUGGCGAUCCUGUCAAACUGUCCUGACAUUAAUACUGAAGAAUCGGAAAGGCUAAAAUCUAGUAAACGGCAAUUUGUCUGCCACAAGCAUUUUGAAAAGAAGUAUGUCAACAGAACAAUGCGCCUUAGAAAUGGCGGUUUCCCGACGCUAUUUACGGAGAGAGAAAUAGCGACAGGAGUGCCCAAUGUGGACCCUAAAACUCUCAUUCAGGAGACAACCCGAAUUGCAACAAUAGAUCACAUGUAUUAUACUAUUCAAAAAAUCCAUAUUGACCAUACAUAUUCAAAGAUAGAUGAGGAUGUAGACGCUUGGAUGGAUCAUGUACCCUUUCCAACCAAAUCAGGAAACUUACCCACUUCUACUUCUAAUGCCGAUGCCGAUGCCGCUGCUUCUAUAGACGCGCAAUCUUCAUUGCAAGAGGACCUACCAGCAUCUGAAGAGGAUAACGACCAGACGGAAAGUGACUCGAGAUUGCCAAAGGACAAAGUCAUGAUAGAUUACAUAAUUGAGCACCCGGCCUCGCCUGGACGUGAUAUCUUCGAGACGAUUGAACCUGAAGAUCCAAAGAAGGAAACAGUAUUCUCUUGGGAGAAAACGGAAUUGUUAGAAGCAGAUGACCCUGAAGACGACUCAGUGCUGGUGCCCGAAACGAAGGUACCCGAAGACCUCCCGACGCUGUCCUUGUUCUGCGAAGACCCUGAUGAACCACCUGUCGAAAUAGCGCCAAGUAAACCAGAAGCAGAGGUUCCCAAGGAUGUCGUUUACCGGUGUGUGGAUUGUGCAGUGGUCGUUGAUGGGUUCACGUUCUGGUGCGUGCAGUGUUUAUGCGGCGUACUGUGCGGCGCGUGUGCAUCGAUGUCACCACACAACAUACAUUACGUGCUGCGCGCGCCAAUGGGCGCCACACUCAGUCAAACGCAGCCCGUGUUGUUAGUGAUACGAGAACAGUUGCAGAAAGAAAACUUACUAACUCUCUAUGGAACCGAUGUUGAUGGUGUGAAAGUAGAAGUAAAACUGGAGCCGGAUGAGCCUCCGCCAGCGCCCACGCCGCUGCCCGACCAGGAAGACCCGCUCGCCUUAGAGCCCCGUUCCGAGGAUCAAUCCGAGGAUCAAUCCGAGGAUCAAUCCGAGGUCGGGGAGUCCCAAUGCGAGUCCAUGGAGCCCCAAUCCGAGGCUGUGCAGUUUAAUAUGGAUCUAGAACACGACGUCGAGUCCCAUUCUGAGGCCGUGCACGUCGAAGGCGUAGAUACACAAUCCGAGGACGUGCAGUUUUAUGAAACCAUAAGUCCACGAACCGACGCCACAGCCGAAAAGCGUGUCUACAAGGAAACAGUCGAUCAUCAUCAUCCUUCCAAGCGUCCUCGGCUCAUGGAAAUCCGACCGGGCGACAAAUUAUACCCCACAACCAGCCCAAAAGUUAGCGAUGCCCAAAAACAAACCAUGAAAAGAAUUCCACCGACCUUAGUAUCACUAACUGUCCUUCCUCCGAAUACCACACUUAGCGAUCUCAUAAAGUCGAAAACUCUUUCAAAAUCCUCCCCUGCCAAGCUUGUAGUGCCACAAAAUGUGCAUAAAGGACCUAAUAUCCUCAGAAGACCAAAAACAAAUAAAGAACUCGGAAAAUCAACUCCCCUAAAGCUAGAUAACGUUCAAAACAUUGCCAAAGGUUCACCUCUUAUAAGGACCCAACAAAUCAAUCCCAAAAGGUCACCACACCUAGUACCACAAAAAUUUGGCCUUUCUGAAGUGAAAGUUACUUCAGGACCCCAAAGUUACGAAACUCUGAUCAUAACUUCAGAUGAUGAUGUCGAGUUUUUGGAUGAAGAAGUACUGGAUAGUGAAAACGUAGUAGAUAGUAGAUUACAUAAAGAUAAUCAGGAAGAAAAUAGAAUAGGUGAAGAAUUAGUUGGAGAUAUAGAAAGCGAAUUGGGGAACGACGAUUUGGAAGAUAGAAUAGAUAGAUUACAUAAAGAAAAUCGCGAUGACAGUGAAAUAGAUGAUGAUUCUAGUAAAGACAAAGAAAGUGAAAUAGACGACGAUUUAGAUGAAGAUUAUAGAAUAGAUGAACUAGACCGAAUAGACGAUUCCAUGGAUGAGACAGACUGUUCUGAGAAAGGUGUUGGCAGGAGAACAAGACACGCAACAAAUACGACUGCGGGUAGUCAAAGAAAAAUGGUUCGAACGCUGACACCAGAAGCCGUGGUCGAGUUGCAGCGCCUUACCUCAUUAGAUAUAAGAAACUGGACGGAUCGCAGUAAAUCGCGAAGAAAAGACUGAAAUAAACGUUAAGACAUUUA